GUCUACUCAACCUUGAUCAAUGCAAAAUCUACGGCCAGUCUGUCUUAGACUUUGGCCAGGUAUCAACAAACAUUGUGUUGGAUCGCACUGCCGUCCAUGUCUGCCCCAUACUCUGAUCACAUCUCAGAGAUUCCCUGCUGUCACGCGCCUGCUAACACACGCUUCUCGCGCCCUCCAAGCACGUACAGUCAUGGAAACUCCACGAGCACCAUUCCUCUCCACACUGCAACAGUGCCUUUCGCUUGAUUCGCCCUGGGGCUUCGUUAUCUACCGGACUGCGGCCUAUGCGCCAAACGACGCUGCAAAGUGGCAAGCUUUCCAGCAGAAAUUCAAUUCAAUGAUCCAGGAAUCUUUCGAGAGCGCCGCUGGCCCGGAGGAAGAAGUUGCAGCAGCGCGACAAGGGUGGACAAUCCGAUGGGAGGAAAAAACAAACAUGGCAGAGUGGGCAGCUGAGGAUGUCAAAAAGCAUUACGAAGUUCUCCUUGCAUCUGGAAGUCUGCCUGUUGGUCUAUCGCACCCGCUAUGUUUAAUGGUAACGUCUGCAGCGAUCAAGUCCAUUUUGGAUGCGCCAUCGCCGCUGCCGCGCUAUGAGUAUUCCUCAGGCGGACGCGGCGCACCGUUUGUUGUUGCAGUCGAUCUUGCGGAUCUUGAUGACGAGGACAAGAACGAAAUUGAAGACGAGAGAUAUAAAGGGCAUUUCAACGUCAGUGUACAGUGUCUUCUUGACGGUCUCUGGCCGAUUUUGAUUGAGCAGAUGUGCGACGUGGAGGAACUGGGAAGAGGAGUGAAAAUGGAAGAAGUGUGGGGCAUGUAAUCCUUAAGAUCCCAAGCUUCACGAUUUGACUUCAUAGAGAUGACCUCAUCAAGUAUUCUUUGUUGGCGCACGUUCUAGCAUAUUUUCUCUGCAUUUUGAAUUCAAUUUAGUCUACAAGUCCAU